AUGCCGACCCGGACCAUCGAGGUGGAACAUCCCAACGAUGCCGACUUUGAUGUCCUGAAGGAUCUCAUGAAGCGCAUCAGGGAGGGCGCAUCUACUUCCAACGUCUACCGCUUCCUCUCGGACCCGCAGCGCGGUCCUAGCAUCGUCCGCGUCGCUCACUCGCUGAUCGAAUCUCCGAUGCCCCCUCGCACGUCCACCGCCACGCGCACAGCUGAAGGCACCAAGGCUCCGACCUCCUCGGCUCCAGUGGCUGGCACGAGAGAGGCCAACGCACGAACUCCCCGAGCACCCGUCGAGCUCGGCAGGAUCAACCUGUGGACGCUCACUCCGCCUCGGUUCUGGCUUCGAGCCAACAAAGAAGACGUCCUUGGCAAACAGAUGUCGUUCAUUGCCGUCGUGGCGUGCAACAUCAUCACUCCCGCCUAUCCUACGACCCAGAAGCGAUACGUUGUCUUGCACUUCGGCCAUGAUGAGUGGGCCAUCCUGUACGUGCCCCGCUCUAUGUACCUGUACCACGACGCGGACGGCGAGUUCGUGUUCAAGGACGGCACUCUGGCACACAUCAAGGGGGUCUACGGCCACGAGAGCAGGCACCAGCGUCUGCUCAAGUUCACCGAGACCUCGGCCAUCGAUCGCAUCAAGACGGAGGACGCGCUCAAGGUGUGCACCUCGGUCAACGCCCGUCUCAACGCCCUCUAUCCCUGA